AUGUCGUCGUCCAAGAAGAUUGCCGAAUUCCCUGAUGUCGAGGCGAAACUCCAGAAACUCAGCAAACAGUCAGUCUUCGAGAAGCAAAAAGCAGAAGCCGAAGCGAAGCGCCGCAGAGAAGCCGCAGAGACCGCCGCUGUCUACGAGGACUUUGUCAAGAGCUUUGCACACGACGACGAAGACGAUUCUGGCCGCGGGCCUCGCCAUACCCCUUCGAAGAUCGGUAAUGGCCCACCCGAGCGGGCAUUUGGGGGCGGAGGCACCCCGUUUGGAGGAGGCACGGGCAAGAGACACUUUGGUAUCCCAUCUGGCGGAUCAUUGAAGAGUGGCCCAGGAAGCUUGGGGCCCGCGCCGCCAUCGCUUGCCAAAAAGAGGUCAUACCAAGGGUUUCAACGAGACACCGAUGCGGGCCGCGGGAGGCUUGGAUUUGAAGACAAUGAUAGGGAUUCGUCUGCUUUGCCUGUCUCCAAGGCGUUCCAUGUGAGCGAUGACGAAGCGGAUGCAGCGACUGGCGACCGGGCCGAAGAAAAAGCCACAUCGAAACCAACCCUUCGGCUCGCAAAUUUGCCACCCGGUACAUCUCCUGCCGUCGUCAAGGCACUCAUCCCAGCGUCGCUGACCGUCGAGAAUGUCAAGUUCGCCCCGCCGUCAGGGCCGAGCGGCACGGAAAGGAAAUCGACCGUCGCCAUUGUGACCUUAUCAAAAGAGACGCCAGCGACCGAAAUCGAUAAUGCAGUGAGCGCUCUGCAGAACCGGUACCUGGGUUUUGGCUUCUUCUUGAACCUCCAUCGACAUCUCUCUUCCGCUGCGAUCUCGUCUGGACUUGCUCCAUUGCAGAGUUCGGCGGUCAUAUCCUAUCCCUUUGGAGCAAAAAAGAUCGAGGAGGGCCCCCGGAGACCGGCUCAUCAGCCCAUGGGCCAUGGCCGAGCGUACGCACCCCCAUCGUCUUAUGGGCCUCCUAUGGGCGGACCGCUUAACAGGUCGGGCAUCCUCCAUGUCCCGGUCCGUCCCCCGCGAGACAUCAAACAACUACGGAUGAUCCAUAAGGUUGCCGAAUCGGUAUUGGAACACGGUCCGGAGUUUGAGGCUCUCCUCAUGUCCCGCCCAGAUGUCCAGCGAGAUGAAAAGUGGGCGUGGAUAUGGGACGCCCGCAGCGAAGGGGGGGUUUGGUAUCGGUGGAGAUUGUGGGAAAUCGUCACGGGAGCACAAUCGGUCAAAGGUCGAGCGGAAUACAUCCCGCUUUUCGAGGGCAGCAACGCGUGGAAGAAACCAGAGCGGAGACUGGCAUACGAAUACACAACGAACGUUGACGAAUUCGUUUCCGAUUCGGAUUACAAUUCUUCUGAAGAAGACGACUUUGAAGAGGAGCAGGCUCGGCAAGGCGACGGCGCUGAUCAAGAAGACACGUUUUUGAGCCCGAUCGAGAAAGCCAAGCUGGCUCAUUUCCUCGGCCGGCUGCCCACGACGCUCUCAAAGAUCCGGAAAGGAGACAUUGCCAGAAUAACGGCAUUUGCCAUUACCCACGCCAGUCGUGGCGCCGACGAGAUCGUCGACAUGAUCGUUUCAAAUGUGGAGCAUCCGUUCGCCCACACAGCGGCGAACCCGGAGCACAAUCAACGAGGGGCUAAGGAAGGUAAAGAGGACGACUCUCGGAACGCCUCGCCAGCCCCAGAAGACAAAGCUGCUUCUGAUGCGCCCGAUUGGAGCGCAGCGCGGCUCCUCGGCCUCUAUGUAAUCAGCGACAUACUUUCCUCCUCAUCUACUAGCGGGAUUCGUCACGCGUGGCGCUAUCGCCAGCUGUUCGAGGCCUCAUUGCGCAGUUAUAAGACUUUUGAGACGUUGGGAUUGAUGGCGGACAAGCUCAAUUGGGGCCGCCUCCGGGCCGACAAGUGGAAGCGCAGCGUCGGCCUUGUGCUGAGCCUGUGGGAAGGUUGGUGUGUGUUCCCCGUCGAGACACACGAGGCAUUCGUUGCCAGCUUCGAAAACCCGCCCGCACUGAAAAAGGAGGCCGACGGGGCCGAGACCGAACGCAAGGCCGGCCGGUGGAAGACGGUGGACGCCGCGCCCGCGGAUGCAGGCAACACAAGCGGGUUCCUACCCGUCUCGACGAAGCCAAAUGUCGACGACGAGCCUGUGGACGGUUACGAUGAGGUUGUCUUGUACCUGGAUGAAGACGCCGGCGAAGUUGACCCGGUUCGCCUACAGUACCUGGCGAAUCUAGACGACGCCUUUUCCGACCUGGACCUUGACGGUGAAGCAGACGAUGAGCAGACCGCGACCGAAACCGCUUCGGAACAGCCGGCACAAACCCUGGCCCGGGAGCAAGGCAAGCUCAAAAGCGGGGGCUUCUCGCUGUCAGCCCCCAAGCCGGCUCCAAUGAAGAAGCGAAUGCGCGCGAUGGACAUGUUUGCAGAGUCAAACUCGGAUGAGGAUGAAUAG